CAUCUAGCCCACAAUGCCUCCAGGUAUGUCCAUCGACACUUUACUGCUUCUCUGACCUUCUGCGACGCUCCUCUGUACCCCCACAAAGUCUUCGCGCCGCUCCCGCGCAAACGCGUCCACCUAUCAUUGCGCAACGCUUGUUGUAGACUCUCUUCACCAUGGCACCCAAAAGACGCUCCAGACCAGGCACUACUGCUUUUCGCAAGGGCGCGACGGCUAAUCAUGUUUCUGUCGCAGCUUUAAGCGACUCAGAGUCCGACGCGGGCGUCGCUGCGAUCCCGACCUACCCAGCUCCCGCGAAUGGCUCAUCAGGCCCCAAAAUUGUCGGCGGCCCGGACGCAGUAAUUGACGACGAAGAUUUGCCUGGCUCAGAAGGAGAGGAAGACAACGAGGAUGAGGACGGCGAGGAGGAGGAGGAGGAGGAGAAUGUAUUUGUCGUCGAGGCGAUCAAAAAGCACAUGGUUGAUGAAGAGGGCAUCCUCCGAUUCCAGGUAAAGUGGGAAGGCUACGAGAAGAAGGCGGACAUGACGUGGGAACCCGAAGAGAACCUGGAGGAAGACGCAAGUGAGGUCCUCAAGGAGUACUUUGCCAAAGUAGGCGGUCGCGAUGCCAUCCUUGAGCAGCACGCCAAAGCCACCAAGGGGAAGAAGCGCGGGAGACAAUCCGCCGGCCCCAGCACAUCGAAGCGCUCAAAGCGCGAGCCCCAUCCCGACGAGGAGGACGCGCCGGCGUCGAAGCCCAAGUCGUUCGUCCCGCCAGCAGGGUCAUGGGAAGACGAGGUUGUUAGCAUCGACGCGGCCGACGAAGAUGGCAACGGCACUCUUACCAUCUUUUUAAAUUGGCAGAAUGGCGCAAAGACGAAGCAUCCACCCAGUGUUGUCUACAAACGAUGCCCACAGAAGAUGUUGCGUUUCUACGAGCGCCACGUGAAGAUUGUGACCACUAUGAAGAAUGAGGCGGAGGAGAAGGUGCAAACGUUGACGCAGGCCGAGGAUGAGAGCUAGGGAAGGGUGCGCUGCUGUUCGUUUUAUUGCCUGGGACCAAGGCUUGCGAGCCUGAAUUAUCUGGUUCGUGGCAGUUUUUGUACAAUUGGACGUGCUUGGUACGGCACCGCUGUCUCGAAUGUAUAAGAUUGUAUAUGUGAAUGAACGGCUUCUUCUUCUUUUUCUGUAUCUUACAGGGCAAUGCGCCAUCAUCACAGCUCGACUCUCGGUGGGAGCAUCGACUCACUCAUUACCAGCCACACGUUUCAAAAGGUUGACCAGUCGUCAGCCAAAUGAGAUUUCGGCGCCCAACCCCAAGCUCCAGAUUCAGGGAGCGAUGGCUGGCCAAUGAGAAGCUCGUGCGGCCCCUGCAUUACGGACGGGAAGCCCCGCUAUGGCCCAGCCUUGCG